AUGGGCUCAGGAAAAGGUAACAAGAAGAAACUGUCCCCACCUUCCUUUAGGAGCUGCUGUCUGGAAGGCCAGCUGGUUGAGUACAAAUACGAGAAGGCCCCUCAGCCAGGUCCAUACCUGCCUUCCCCUCUGCUCCAUUGCUUUCGUGAAGACAAGAUGAAGUUUACAAUUGUCUUUGCUGGACUUCUUGGAGUCUUCCUAGCUCCUGCUAUUGCUGACUAUAAUAUCAAUGUCAGCGAUGAUGACAACAGUGCUGGAAGUGGGCAGCAGACAGUGAGUGUCAACAAUGAACACAACGUGGCCAAUAUUGACAACAACAAUGGAGACAACCCCUGGAAUUCCAUCUGGGAUUAUGGAAGUGGCUUUGCUGCAACCAGACUCUUUCACAAGAAGUCAUGCAUUGUGUACAAAAUGAACAAAGAUGCCGUGCCUUCCAUUCAAGCUCUGGAUGCACUGAUCAAGGAAAAGAAGGUAAAAAUAAAAGGUAAAGGAGCAGGGGAACUAUCGCGCAAGGGCCUGAUGUACUCCAUCAACCCUAGCAAAGUUGAUGACUUGAACAAGUUUGGAAAUAACAUCACUACCAUGUGCCGGGGGGUUCCAACAUACUUGGCUGAGGAGAUAACUGGGGCAAGCCUGUUUUAUUACUCAGAAAAGUGCUUCAAUACUAACAUACUCUGGAUUCUGAACAUUUCCUUCUGUGGAGAAACAGUGGAAAACUAAAAAUAAUAUAAAAGCCAUUAUGGAUUUAGUCAUCAGAACAUGCUAUGUAGAAAAAUAUCAGUAUGGGUUCUAAUGGUUUUUAUCAGAUCAUUCUGAAAAUGUUUUCUGCCAGUUAUGUUUGGUUUCUUUAAGUUUUAAUAAACCCAUUUAGCACUGAAUUCAGUUUAUACUAGCAUUUCUUAUGGUUUCUAUUUGGAAAGCACAGAAUCAAAAGUGCAAUGUGGUGGUGGCAAGUUGCUGAAGUGCAUUAGACUCCACUGUUAGUCCAUAUCCAAGACCCAUACCCCAUAAAGAAGCCCUUCAGAUGCUUAGACGCUACUAACCACAGCCCUGGGAAUGAUUCCAAGACCAUCUGACUGCUCUGAAGGCUGCUCUAUAGGUUGGUGUACACAGUAAUGUUUCAGG